GCAUCUCCCCAAGUUCAAAUUCAGCCAAAACGUGAGGAGAGAUUAAUACCAGUUCUGCCAAACGUCAUGGAACCUCUGGGGGUAGUUGUUCUAAGGUUUAUGUUUGACGAUGCGUUCUCCAAAUACAUUGAUAGCGUUAAGCUACCGAAGAUUGUACCUAGAGGUUUGGUCAAUACCGGUAACAUCUGCUUUAUGAGCUCCAUCAUGCAAUUGCUGCUGUACUGUGUGCCGUUCUACAAGACAUUGAACGUUAUCGCCAAAAAGACCAUGCAUACGUUGAUGACCAGCAAUUCCAAGUCACCACUGUUUGAUGCCACGGUGGACUUCUACAACAAUUUCAACGUGAACUUGGAUGACAUUAAUAGCCUGUCCAAUUCGAAUACCCAGAGAAGCCAACAUGAUAGAGAAGCGACACCACAGAGAGAGUUUGGCGAGUCUUUCACACCGGUGGAGUUCUUCAAAGCCAUUUCAAAGAGUAGCCGUUUCCAACACUUGAAGUGGGGACAGCAAGAAGAUGCAGAGGAGUUUCUUGGGUUUCUGUUGGAUGGAUUGCACGAGGAGUUUACUUCCAACGUGAAGUCUCUUACAGACGAUGAGAUUAAACAGUUCACAAAGACUUUGGAUGAGUCUUCGAGGCAAAAGGUUCUCACGAAUCUUCGUAAAUUCCACGUUGGUGAGUUCAACUCAUCAGAGUCUUCUGGGAAGAACGAUGGGAACGUAGAUGAUCACUAUGACGAUGACGAUGACGUUGAUGCUGAUGACGAUGAUAAUAUUAAUGCAUAUGACCAUAACGAUGAAUUUAAUGGUGGAGAAUGGCAAGAAGUUGGAUCUGAGAAAAAGAAGAAGAGAUUCACUGCUAAACGUACUGUUGAAGUGAAGCCUUCGCCUAUAAGGCGUAUAUUUGGUGGCUCAUUCAGAAGUGUAUUGACUAUACCAAAGAAUAAAGAAGCACAGAGCAUAACGCUGGAUCCAUUUCAACAAGUGCAGUUGGACAUCUCUGAUUCUGACAUCAAAACUUUGGAGGAUGCAUUUGUCCAAAUUUCGCAUGUUGAAGAGAUUCCAAUGAAGACCAGCAAAGGAGUUGAAGUUGUUGCAAAGAAGCAGACGUUUGUUGACCAACUACCAGACGUGUUGAUCAUUCAUCUAAAGAGAUUUUCAUUCGAGUCUAGUGGUCGUGUUGAGAAACUGAAGAAGAAGAUUCAGUAUCCUCAUCUUUUCCAAAUACCUACAAAGAGCUUAUCGCCUAGAACGCGCAAGUUUAACCCAGAUGGAUUCCAAUACAAGCUAACCGGUGUUGUAUAUCAUCACGGCAUGGGUUCCAAUGGUGGCCACUACACUGUUGACGUUCUACGAAGCGUUGAAGGUGAAUGGGUUAGAAUUGACGAUGUUACAAUCCAUAACUUGAAACCUGACGAUGUUUUGGUUAAAGGAGAUGAAGAAGAUGUCAAGACCGCAUAUAUCUUGAUGUACCAAAAAGUAUAG